CUUCUUGAGUAAAUCUCCAUUCCUUUUUCUUCUUCUUUUUCCUCCUUCACCUCCAUCACAACUAUCCAUCUCCAUAACCACACAAUGCGCAUUGGCUCCAUAAUUCUGUCUCUACUAAUAGUUUUACUUACUAUUAAUGUCUUUCCCAAUUUAAUCUAUGCCCAAGAAGUAGAAAAUGAGAAGGAGUUCGACUAUAUCAAAGAUGGCGAAAAAGGACCUGGAAAAUGGGGGAAGCUACACAAAGAAUGGUCGGCAUGUAACAAGGGCAAAAUGCAGUCACCAAUUGACUUGUCGAAUGAAAGAGUUGAUAUCAUUCACAAAUCAAACAAGUUAUCGAGGAACUACAAACCAUGCCCUGCCAUUAUCAUUAACCGCGGCCACGACAUUGCGGUUCAUUGGGAGGGCGAUGCAGGUUCAAUUGAAAUAAAUGGGACUGCAUACGAACUAAAACAAGCCCAUUGGCACUCGCCUUCUGAGCAUACCAUUAACAGUAGAAGAUAUUCAUUGGAGCUACAUAUGGUUCACAAGAGCACUGAUCCAAACUCCAAACACCAGAUAGCAGUCAUUGGGGUCCUUUACAAAAUUGGAAAGCCUAAUCAUUUUCUCUCCAAGUUGGUUGGAAACAUAACAUCAUUGGUGAAUCAAGAUAACAAACACAGAGACCCAGGAGUGAUUGAUCCAAAAGAAAUCAAGAUGAGUCGCCGAAGAUACUACAACUAUAUUGGCUCACUCACCGUGCCUCCAUGUACCGAAGGUGUCAUUUGGACCAUUAGCAAAAAGGUGAGGUCUGUGUCGCUAGAUCAAGUAAAAUUGCUUCGAGAGGCUGUUCACGAUCAUGCGGCAAAAAAUGCAAGGCCACUACAACCACACCAUCAAAGAGACAUUCAACUUGUUGGUCCCUAGAUCGACCUUCUUCAAUUAUCUACUCUAUAUUUGCUUUUUCUUCGUGUGUAUAUAUAUAUAGAGAUUUGAAAGAUGAAAUUCAAGGAAAUCCUUUUUUAAUGUUUACUCGAAUGUUUGCAUAAUUGAAGAUGCACGUACUUUUCACUCGUCCAAAACCACUUCUA